AUGAACAUCCCGAAUCUGCCCCCGUUCCAAUCCCAUGGCGCAAUCCAGCCUAUCACCUGCGUGGAAAUGCACACAGCAGGCGAACCAACCCGCAUAAUAUGGACCGGCUUCCCAAACCUAACAGGCACCCUCCUCGAACAACGCGAGCAAGCCAAAGCAAAGCAUGACGACUUCCGCCGCCUGCUCAUGCUCGAGCCCCGAGGGCACUACGACAUGUACGGCGCCAUCCUCUGUCCAGAAACGGAACUCGUCGACGCCGGCCAAGCCGAUAUAGGCGUGCUGUUCAUGCACAACGACGGCUUCUCGACCAUGUGCGGCCACGCGACGAUUGCUUUGGGCCGGUUCCUGGUCGACGCCGACGAGGCGGUCUUCCCUCGACGCCAACAGCUCGAACGUGACCGCCGCACGGGGACCACGAGCGUCAAGCUCCAUGCGCCGUGUGGAGUAGUCGAGAUCACCGUUCCCACCCUGGCGUCUGGGCAAUCGGAUCCCGCGCGGCCGGUCUCUUUUGUCUCGGUGCCGUCGUUCGCGACCGCGCUGUCGCUGACGGUCGAGCUACCCGAGACCCACCGCUGGCCUGAACUGCAGGGGCGGACGUCUGUGACCGCGGACUUUGCGUACGGAGGGGCGUACUACUGCCUCGUCGGGGCCGCGGAGCUGGGAUUCCCGCACGGUCUCGCCGCAUUCGAUCUCCCGAGCAUGGACCGUGCGACCAGGCUGCUGAAAGAUGCGGUGAUCUCGAAUCCCGAUCUGGAAUAUGUGUACGCCGAUGUUGAGACCGGCGAGCCGGGCUUUCUGUACAGUAUCAUGAUCACGGAUAAGAGCAUGGGACUGGUCAAAGCGGCCGAGAAUACGGCAACCUGCCGCGCGCAACAAGGUGUUGCCAGCGAAGAAACAGGGCUAUGCUUCUUUGCGAAUCAGCAGAUUGAUCGAUCGCCUACGGGUGGCUGUGUGGCAGCGCGGGUGGCUCUCGCCCAUGCCAAGGGGGACCUUGGUUUCGCGGAGAAACGGAUGUAUAAUUCUCUGGUCACACGGGGAUACAAGGGUGUACCGGGGUUUGUGGGGUCUGCGGUUGAUCAGGCGGGAAAGAAGCAGUCGAUUCGAGUGAAGGUCGAGGGUUAUGCGUAUUACACGGGGUAUCAUGCAUUUGUGCUUGAAAAGGAGGACGGCAUUGGGCUCGAUGGGUUCUCGCUCAAGGAUCUCAAGUUACAAUGA